AUGACAAGAAGAUAUUGGAACAUUAAUUUGAAAGAGAUGAUAGAAGCAGGAGUUCAUUUUGGUCAUGGUAUUAAGAAAUGGAAUCCUAAAAUGGCCCCUUACAUUUCGGCAAAGCGUAAAGGUACUCAUAUUAUAAAUCUCGCUAGAACGGCCCGUUUUUUAUCAGAAGCUUGUGAUUUAGUUUUUGAUGCAGCAAGUCAGGGAAAAAGUUUCUUAAUUGUUGGUACCAAAAAAAGAGCAACAGAUUUAGUAGCAUCAGCUGCAAUAAGGGCUCGUUGUCAUUAUGUUAAUAAAAAGUGGUUCAGUGGUAUGUUAACGAAUUGGUCGAUUACGAAAACUAGACUUUCUCAAUUUAGAGACUUAAGAGCGGAAGAAAAAAUGGGAAAAUUCCACCAUCUCCCAAAAAGAGAUGUGGCAAUCUUGAAGAGAAAAUUAUCUACCUUACAAAGGUAUCUCGGCGGGAUCAAAUAUAUGACGAGAUUGCCAGACAUUGUGAUCGUCCUUGAUCAGCAAAAAGAGUAUAUAGCUCUUCGGGAAUGUGCCAUUUUGGGAAUUCCUACUAUUUCUUUAGUCGAUACAAAUUGUGACCCGGAUCUCGCGAAUAUAUCGAUUCCAGCCAACGAUGACACUAUGACUUCAAUUCGAUUGAUUCUUAACAAAUUAGUAUUUUCAAUUUGUGAGGGCCGUUCUCUCUAUAUAAGAAAUCGUUGA